GGCCGGGACCCGAGGGCGGCUCCAGUAGAGUGCACACCCGGAAGCGCGGCCGCGUCAGCGCUCAGAGCCGGUGGAGGCGUAGUCACCGCCGCACCCGCCGCCACCUCCUCAAUCAUGCCGAAGCACGAGUUCUCCGUGGAUAUGACCUGUGAAGGCUGCUCCAACGCAGUCACUCGAGUCCUCAACAAGCUAGGAGGAGUUCAAUUUGACAUUGACCUGCCCAACAAAAAGGUCUGCAUCAACUCUGAGCACAGCGUGGACACUUUGCUGGAGACCCUGGGGAAAACAGGAAAGGCUGUCUCCUACCUUGGCCCCAAGUAGAGAGGCCCCAUCCGGCAGCCUGCAGGAUGGACCAACAUGGGCAGGAAGAAGCUGAGUCUCAAGAAAUGAAAUACAGUGCUCAAGAUCCCCAGCAAUUUGGUACAGAAUCAGGACUUCGAUUCAGACUGUAAAGUUGGCACGUGCUCACAUGAAGUCUUGUUCUCCCUCUGACUUCGCCCUGACCUUCCCCAGGAAAGAGGAAAAGUCCAGAACAGAGAGGCCCAGCCCCCCAGAGAAUGCAGUCCUUCACGUCUCAGGAGUGUGAGGGCCAACUGCAGUUUGCUAAAAGUUGGAGGAGCCUCCCCUACAUAGCUUGACUGUAGAGUCAUCAGAACUAUGUGCAUGACCCAGACAGUGGCCCCAGAUGCCGUUUCAGUUCUUUUCCAAAGCCGGGACACGUUUUCUGCUCUCCUUCAGGCUGCUCUUUGCCCUCUCCCGGGACCUUCUUCCUCUCUCACCCUCCUGCUCACUGUUUCUGUGAAACCACAGGAUGAUUCUCCUCUGCCACGUAACAAACAUCAUCUGCUCUUGUCUUAAAGCUGUGACUGGGGCUCACGUUGUCUCAGAGACGUGAGAAGAGGUUAGCCACCACUUGAGUAAACACAAGAUCUCCUCAGAGCCAGAAAUCUGACUUUUUCUCCUGAAAGUGACAGAGCCCCCAAGCCAAAGCGGCAUAAGCCCCAAAGGGACUUGACAGGCCCCUGUGAGCCAAAAGGCCAGGAGCAGGGCUGUCUACCAUGUAGGGACUGCAGGCUGCUGUGUGUCACAGACGUUUGUAUCCUAACACGUUCAUCUCAGUCUGUAAAGCAACCCAUUCCCUCUGGCAGCCUUCCUGGUGCCUCUCGCUCCCCAGCUGCUCCCCUUCUCAUCUCUCAUGCCUGCAAUCUGAGAAGACAGGGAUAAAGAACAAAGGCUCCUUCCUAUCACAAGUUUCCCCAGAACCUUCCACGCACAGACCUGCCUACAAGUCAUUGACCAGCCCUGGGUCACCUGGCCUCUCUCUUCACCGUAAGGAGGUCUAGGAAGCUUGGUGUGUUGGCUGGACGUAGGCAGAGAGCUCCCUGAGCAAAACGGAGGGUCUUCAGAUUGAGCAGAAGAGCAGACAGAUAGCAGAGGCUGCCCUGGGCUGGCUUAGGGACUCAGACCAAUGUCCCAGGAUGGCUCUCUGUCUCUCUCAUGCCGGCUUCGUGUUCACAUGGGCCUCCCAGUGUGAUCUUCAAGAGACUGCUUCUACUCUGGAUCUCACAUCCACUACUAGUCCAGCCCAGAAGGAAAACACCAGAUCCUUUGCUACAGACCUGCCUUCCACCUCAUGCUCCUCCGUGAAACAGUCAAUAUUAUCAUGGAGCCUGGAACACUAAGUAACUUAAGUAAUUAAACCGGUCCAGUCCCCAUCAAAUUCUCUCCUCUCCUCAUUCUUACUGCCCAACUGCUAGGAAUUAGCCUAGUCACACCCUUUCUGUAAGCUGGACUGAGAAUGCAGGAGAGGAUGUCAUUGCCCAAGAGAGAAAUCAAGGUAUGGUGCCCAAAGAAUGGAAAAUGGGUGCUGGUGGCCCCCCAAAAUCCCAUCAGCUAUCUACUGCUGAAUCUUAGGCAUCAUCCUGUUCUGAGAUUCUUAAAUCACUGAAGGUAUGUCCCGCCUCCCCAAAUAUUUGAUUAAAAUUUCAUAUUUUAGAUCAGUGGUUCUCAAAGUGUGGCCCCAGGGUUCCAGGGGUCCCUUUAAGGGUCCACAAUUUCCAAACUAUAUGUUCAUAAUACACUAAGAUGUUAUUUGCCUCUUUCACUAUCAUUCUCUCCCAAGGAUCCAGGGGAGUUUUCCAGACGUUACGUGACGUGUUGGCUCCAGAUGUUGUUUUGCUCUGAUACCUAACAGGGUGUGUGUUUGUAUAUUCUUGUUCUUUAAAAAGAUCUUAGUGUUCAUUUCUAACACAGUGAAUAUUGACAAAUGUAACUAAAUAAAACAUUUAUUCAAAGUCACAACAAUUUUUUUUGGCCAUGCCACACAUCUUGUGGGAUCUCAGUUCCCCAAUCAGGGACUGAACCUGGGCCACGGCAGUGACAGCCUAGAAUCCUAACUACAAGGCCACAAAACUCCCUCACAAUAAUUUUUAAGGCAAUAAGAGCGUUCGAGACCAAAAUUUGAGAAUCAUCCUUCAUAUUUUGGAGUGGCAUAUUCUGCUACCCAUCAUCUGCUUUAGAUAUUAGGCUCACUCGAACAUCUUAAGGAACAACAGGCACACUUACAAGUGUUAGGUAACAAAUUUUAACCCAUUCAAGACCAUCAUCAGUUUAAUUUUCUGUAUCACAGUUUCAGCUGUAAGUAUCAAAAACCAAAUGAAAAAAUAGCAAUGCCUUAAAUAACACAGAAAUAUGUUCUGCCCUCAAACGAACAAAAUUUGGAGAAGUUAUCAAGGGCUGGAGUUCUGGCUUCUGUCAGGGCAGCCUGAGUGUGGGCUGGAAAAGAAUUUCCAGACACACAGUAUUUCAGAUGAGAGUGAGUUUAUUAAAAGCAGGGAGCAGAGAUAAUGAGGGUGCUGCAAAUGCAGCAGGCUGACCUCCUGACAGGCCAGGGAGAGCCAACAGGAUGCUGUUAGAACACAGGGCUGGCUCAAGAGGCAGCUGAGGCUUUUUUCAUGGGUUGCAUGCUCAGUCGCUUCAGUCCCCUCUGACUCUUUGUGACCCUAUGGACUGUAGCCCACCAGGUUCCUCUGUCCACAGGAUUCUUCAGGCAAGAAUACUGGAGUGGGUUGCCAUGCCCUCCUCCAGGAGAUCUUCCUGACCCAGGGAUCGAACCCACGGCUCUUAUGUCUCCUGCAUUGGCAGGCAGGUUCUUUACCACCAACGCCACCUGGAAAGCCCUUUCACGGGUUGAAAAAGUGAAAUUUAAGUCACUCAGUUGUGUCUGACUCUUUGUGAUCCCGUGGACUGUAGCCCACCAAGCUCCUCCAUCCAAUGGGAUUCUCCAAGCAAGAAUACUGGAGAAUAAUUUCCUUCUCCAGGGGAUCUUCCCGACCCAGGGAUCGAACCCAGGUCUCCCGCUUUGCAGGCAGAUGCUUUAACCUCUGAGCCACAGGUUAGCAGCCAAUUUUCAUCGUCUCAAGACGUAGAUAAUUCCUGCUGGAAGGGUGGCAUUAGGUUAGGGUGCUAUAGGGUGAGUACCAAGGUGGGCAUUUUUGCCCAAUUUGGGGUCAGGAAGCUUGCUGGUGAUGAUCAAGGGGGCUUUUGGCAACAGUUACAAAGGGUUAGCUUCAGAGGUAACCUUGGUUCUGGUCUCCACUUCAAUGGCCUUGGUGCAAUGCCUCACACCUCUCUCCUUGGGAUAGGACUCCACAGCUUCAUGAUUCACUCUAUUUUGCUGCUCUGCCACACUCCAUAUGGGCUUUAAAUGUCGUGUUCCAAAGUGACUGCUUAAGCUCCACCCACCCCAAUUGCAUUCUGUCAGCAGGACAUUUCCCCAAAAUUGCAUAUGACACUACUAUAUACAUUGUUAGGCCAGAACUUAGUUAUAUGACCACAUCUAUCUGCAAAGAAUUUGAGGAAAUUCAGUUUUUAAAAGUCUAUUCAUCACACAGGCAGUUAAAAAUCAAUGUUUCUAUUUCUGAGAAAGAGAAGUCUACAAAAUAUCAGGGAUUAACUAUCAACUUAAGUUUUUGUGUGUGUGUAGACUUUGGAAUCAAGCCUCUCCUUUAUUCUCUGUUUGUUGUUCAAUUGCUAAGUUGUGUCUGAUUCUUUGUGACCCCAGGGACCACAGUACAUUAGGCUUCCCUGUUCUUCACUAUCUCCUGGAGUUUGCUCAGACUCAUGUCCAUUGAGUCAGUGAUGCCAUCCAAAUAUUCAUCCUCUGUCACCCCCUUUUCCUCCUGCCCUCAAUCUUUCCCAGCAUCAGGAUCUUUUCUGGUAAGUUGGCUCUUUGAAUCAGGUGUCCAAAAUAUUGGAGCUUCAGCUUCAGUGCUUCCAGUAAAUAUUCAGGGUUGAUUUGCUUUAGGAUUGACUGGUUUGAUCGCCUUGCAGUUCAAGGGACUCUCAAGAGUUAUUCUCUGUUUAACUGCAAAAUAUUCUGUGUUUCAAAGUGAGCUGUUUAAAAACUGUGCCCAUUUUCAACUAUGUAUCUAUAAAUUGAUAUUCUCUCAAUAUUAUGGCAUAAAAAAUAUAUUAUUCAAUGAAUUGGCUAUGAGGCUGAUUGAAGUCUAUGAUUGAAACCUAAAUCCUAGUUUUAAGUUUUUGUGAUCAUCAGUGCCUGCUCUUCAUGUUGACUGGCUUUCACAAACAGAUAAGACAAUGUUUAUUUAGCUAUUUAUUUAUUUUGGCUAAGCCACUGAGAAGGUUGCAGAUCUUAGUUUUUUGACCAGGGAUUGAACCUGGGCCCUUGGCUGUGAAAGUCCAGAGUCCUAACUACUGGACUUCUAGGAAAUUCCCAAAAUAAUGUUUAAAAUCAGAAAAUAAACUUACACUGAUAAAACA